AGCUACCAACCGCCACCAUCCAUCUAUCUAUAUACCAUCACCCCUCCAUCAAGAUUCAUUCUGUGAUUCCUCUCAUCUUCAUGCCGCCCCUCGACGUGGGAAUGCCCCCGCCCAUGCUCCUCCUCAGUCUCGCUGUUCGCCAUGACUGAACUCCUGUUGCGCCGGCGGGGAAUCGCGCCCCUGCUCUCAUCCCUGCGCUCUCCCCGCACUGCCGCGACCGGCCAGCUGCUCACGGUGCACACACGCAAGCACAACACCAACUCAAUAGCCACGGCCACCUUCCUCCCCGACCCAGAGUCUCCGUCGUCCUACAAGCCCCUACCUCCACGGUGGUCCGCCCUCAAGUCGGCCAAGCCCUUCUCCGAUUUCCUGACCGAUACAUUCAACCGCCAGCAUGACUACCUCCGCAUCAGCGUCACUGAACGCUGUAACCUCCGGUGUCUCUAUUGCAUGCCCGAGGAAGGCAUCCAACUAUCCCCACCGGCCCGUCUCCUCACGUCUCCGGAGAUCGUCUAUCUAUCGUCGCUGUUCGUGUCGCAGGGCGUCACCAAGAUCCGUCUGACCGGUGGGGAGCCAACGGUUCGCAAAGAUAUCGUGCCCUUGAUGCAGUCCAUCGGGGAGCUGCGGCGCGACGGUCUGCGCGAGUUGUGUCUGACCACCAACGGGAUUUCGCUGCACCGCAAACUGGACGCCAUGGUUGAUGCGGGCCUGACCGGGAUCAACCUGAGUCUGGACACGUUGGAUCCCUUCCAGUUUCAAAUCAUGACGAGACGGAAGGGUUUCGAUGCUGUGAUGCGAAGCAUCGACCGGAUCUUGGAAUUGAACAAGGCGGGGGCUGGGAUUAAGCUGAAAAUCAACUGCGUGGUGAUGCGGGGGAUCAAUGACCGGGAGAUCGUCCCCUUCAUUGAGCUGGGGCGCGACAACCCCAUCGAGGUGCGCUUCAUCGAAUAUAUGCCGUUCGACGGUAACAAAUGGAGCCAAGGGAAGAUGGUCUCUUAUCAGGAAAUGCUGGCUGCUAUCCGGGAAAAGUACCCGGAGCUUCAGAAAGUCCCCGACCACAAGAACAACACUAGCAAGACCUACCAAGUACCAGGCUUCCAGGGCCAAAUCGGGUUUAUCACCAGCAUGACGCAUAACUUCUGUGGCACCUGCAACCGUCUGCGAAUCACAUGUGAUGGCAAUCUCAAGGUAUGCUUGUUUGGCAACGCCGAGGUGUCCCUGCGAGACAUCCUCCGGAAGGAGAACAACGGAGAACCGAUCAGUGAGGCCACCAUGAAAGAGCUUGAAGCAGCGGGCCUGUCCCGUGGGGAAGGAGGCCAAGUCCACGAACGAGAGCAGGAACUCCUGGACAUCAUUGGAAUGGCAGUCAAAAGGAAGAAAGCGAAGCAUGCGGGCAUGGGAGAGCUCAAGGACAUGAAAAACCGGCCCAUGAUACUUAUUGAUAAUCCAGUAUUGCAGAGCUCGCUAAGAGCGACGCAUCGUUCCAAUCAAACUACACUGAACUCCAGCCAACGUCCCUGGCUUGGACUUCCCACCCACUUGUUCGCUGGCCACGGUCCGACAUCCAUGCAAGCCAGUCAUUAUCAUAGUUUGCGUCCAAGCAGUCCACCAGCCCCCAACUCCACCGAGCAACAUAGCAACGAGAACAACAACACAAAACCCGUCUCCCUCUCCACCGCCUCCGACCCUGACCUUCCCCACCUCAAUGCCUCGCAGAACGUGCACAUGACCAAAAUCGACGAAAAGGCCAUCACCAACCGCCUCGCCACCGCAACCUGUCUCGUCCAAUUCUCCAACCCCCGUCCAUGGGCCCUUCUCCGAAAAGGCCGGACCAAGAAAGGCGACGUCUUCAGCGUGGCUCGCAUCGCCGGCAUCAUGGCCGCUAAAAAGACCCCCGAUCUCAUCCCCCUCUGUCACCCGGGUAUCGGCCUGACGGGGGUGGAGGUCGACGUGACCCUGAUUGACCCGCCAUCCUCAUCCUCAUCCUCUGCCCCCGGGCAAUCAACGACGGGAAAACACGGGGCCAUGCGCGUCCUCGCUACAGUGAGCUGUCUGGGCCGUACCGGCGUCGAAAUGGAAGCCAUGACAGCGACCAUGGGGGCGGCGUUGACCGUGUAUGAUAUGUUGAAGGCGGUGGAUAAGGGGAUGGUGAUUGGUGGGGUUCAAUUGUUGGAGAAAAAGGGUGGGAAAAGUGGUCAUUGGAUCCGGGCUGAAGAAGUCAAGGAGGAAGUCGUAUAAAUAACAUCACAACGAAGUUGCCAUUUAUCUAGUGGAUGACUGAGAGUCGUCGGUUGGGAAUACAUACUAGGAGAGGCUGGAGUAUUGCCCUUCGGGGAGGCCCUGAUAUGUGGUACUAUACAGGUGCAACUGCAGACUUGUUAUCGAGAUAACAAUUGUAAAAAAGGGUUCUCCGUACUCCACUGGUGCUGGAACUGCCAUUGUUGUAUCUUACU